AUGGCCUUCAGCUACACAACACCUCCCUUCCCAUUCUACGCCCUGGCACUGCAGGGUGAUAGCGAUGGCGUGUACAUCUGGCUCCUGGGUGUGAAACACCGCUUCCCUGUACAACUGGCACCAGAACUUUGGCACCGGCUGUGUCUGAGCAUUGACUCGGUACGUAACAGCCUUAGCCUGAACGUCAGCAGCAGUCAGCAAACACACAAACGUACUGUCUUUGCUCAUGCAAUGAAACCCAAUGGCAAGCUACAGCUGGGAUGUCAGCCCUGGGAGGUCUUCCCAGGAACCCAAAUGGCCACCAUGGAGCUCUAUAUGUUCAGGAUAUGGGGGGACGUCAGGGAACAUGCACUAUGCGAGGACGGCACGAUUGUGGGUUGGGACUCGAGUAUGUGGAGUAUCAGUCGAGCCCAGUCCAGCAUCCAGGAUGACACACUUUACUGCGGCAUACUCAGUCUUUUAGACCUUGUACGAGUGAAACGCAGCCCACCAUCAGAAAUUCCAAAGAAUAUUAACGGUUUAAUCAAUUCCAACAACAACUCCAAUAAACAGCAGGGAAAUUCCAAAUCUACUAGUGCAAGCACAACACUAGCACCGCCUAUUAACAGUACAAAUCCAAACACUACUGCAAACACAACUCUAGCACCGUCCAUUAACAGACCAACAAACACAACACAGUCAUCAGUGAACAACCCUGCAAAUGUCACUACUACUCCAGAACCUACAAACACAACACAGUCAUUAGUGAACAACACUGCAAAUGUCACUACUACUCCACAACCAACAAACACAACGCAGUCAUUACUUAACGACACUGCAAAUGUCACUACUACUCCAGAACCUACAAACACAACACAGUCAUCAGUGAACAACGCUGCAAAUGUCACUGCUACUCCAGAACCUACAAACACAACACAGUCAUUAGUGAACAACACUGCAAAUGUCACUACUACUCCACAACCAACAACCACAACACAGUCAUCAAUUAACAACACUGCAAAUGUCACUACUACUCCACAACCAACAAACACAACGCAGUCAUUACUUAACAACACUGCAAAUGUCACUACUACUCCAGAACCAACAAACACAACACAGUCAUUACUUAACAACACUGCAAAUGUCACUACUACUCCACAACCAACAACCACAACACAGUCAUCUGUAAACAACACUGCAAAUGCCAAUACUACUCCAGAACCAACAACCACAACACAGUCAUCACUUACCAACACUGCAAAUGUCACUUCUAUUCCAGAACCUACAAACACAACACAGUCAUCACUUAACAACACUGCAAAUGUCACUACUACUUCAGAAUCAACAAACACAACACAGUCAUCAGUUAACAACACUGCAAAUACCACUACUACUUCAGAACCAACAAACACAACGCAGUCAUCACUUAACAACACUGCAAAUGCCACUACUACUCCAGAACCAUCAAACACAACACAGUCAUCAAUUACCAACACUGCAAAUGCCACUACUACUCCAGAACCAACAACCACAACACAGUCAUCAGUUAACAACACUGCAAAUACCACUACUACUUCAGAACCAACAAACACAACGCAGUCAUCACUUAACAACACUGCAAAUGCCACUACUACUCCUGAACCAUCAAACACAACACAGUCAUCAAUUUCCAACACUGCAAAUGCCACUACUACUCCAGAACCAACAACCACAACACAGUCAUCAGUUAACACCACUGCAAAUGUCAGUUCUACUCCAGAAUCUACAAACACAACACAGUCAUCUGUUAACAACACUGCAAAUGUCACUUCUACUUCAGAACCAGCAAACACAACACAGUCAUUACUUAACAACACUGCAAAUGUCAUUUCUACUUCAGAACCAACAAACACAACACAGUCAUUACUUAACAACUCAGCAAAUUCCACUACUACUCCAGAACCAACAAACACAACACAGUCAUCAGAUAACAACACUGCAAAUGUCACCACUACUUCAGAACCUACAAACACAACACAGUCAUCACUUAACAACACUGCAAAUGCCACUACUACUCCGGAACCUACAAACACAACACAGUCAACUCUUAACAUCACAGCAAAUAUCACUACUACUCCAGAACCUACAAACACAACACAGUCAUCUGUUAACAACACAGCAAAUGUCACUACUACUCCAGAACCAACAACCACAACACAGUCAUCACUUCACAACACUGCAAAUGUCACUACUACUCCAGAACCAACAAACACAACACAGUCAUCACUUCACAACACUGCAAAUGUCACUACUACUCCAGAAUCAACAAACACAACACAGUCAUCACUUAACAACACUGCAAAUGCAACUACUACUCCAGAACCAUCAAACACAACACAGUCAUCAAUUACCAACACUGCAAAUGUCACCACUACUCCAGAACCUACAAACACAACACAGUCAUCUGUUAACAACACAGCAAAUGUCACUCCUACUCCAGAACCAACAACCACAACACAGUCAUCACUUAACAACACAGCAAAUGUCACUCCUACUCCAGAACCAACAACCACAACACAGUCAUCACUUAACAACACUGCAAAUGUCACUACUACUCCAGAAUCUACAAACACAACACAGUCAUCUGUUAACAACACUGCAAAUUUCACUACUACUCCAGAACCAACAAACACAACGCAGUCAUCACUUAACAACACUGCAAAUGUCACUACUACUCCAGAACCAACAAACACAACACAGUCAUUACUUAACAACACUGCAAAUGUCACUACUACUCCAGAACCAACAAACACAACACGGUCAUCAGUUAACAACACUGCAAAUGUCACUACUACUCCAGAACCAACAAACACAACACAGUCAUCAGCUAACAACACAGCAAAUGCCACUACUACUCCAGAACCAACAAACACAACACAGUCAUCUGUUAACAACACUGCAAAUUCCACUACUACUCCAGAACCAACAAACACAACACAGUCAUCAGUUAACAACACUGCAAAUGUCACUACUACUCCAGAACCAACAAACACAACACAGUCAUCGGCUAACAACACAGCAAAUGCCACUACUACCCCAGAACCAACAAACACAACACAGUCAUCACUUAACAACACUGCAAAUGUCACUACUACUCCAGAACCAACAACCACAACACAGUCAUCACUUAACAACACUGCAAAUGUCACUACUACUCCAGAACCAACAAACACAACACAGUCAUCACUUCACAACACUGCAAAUGUCACUACUACUCCAGAACCAACAAACACAACACAGUCAUCACUUCACAACACUGCAAAUGUCACUACUACUCCAGAAUCAACAAACACAACACAGUCAUCACUUAACAACACUGCAAAUGCAACUACUACUCCAGAACCAUCAAACACAACACAGUCAUCAAUUACCAACACUGCAAAUGUCACCACUACUCCAGAACCUACAAACACAACACAGUCAUCUGUUAACAACACAGCAAAUGUCACUCCUACUCCAGAACCAACAACCACAACACAGUCAUCACUUAACAACACAGCAAAUGUCACUCCUACUCCAGAACCAACAACCACAACACAGUCAUCACUUAACAACACUGCAAAUGUCACUACUACUCCAGAACCAACAAACACAACACAGUCAUCAGCUAACAACACAGAAAAUGCCACUACUACUCCAGAACCAACAAACACAACACAGUCAUCUGUUAACACCACUGCAAAUGUCACUAACACUCCAGAACCAACAAACACAACACAGUCAUCAGUUAACAACACUGCAAAUGUCACUACUACUCCAGAACCAACAAACACAACACAGUCAUCAGCUAACAACACAGCAAAUGCCACUACUACCCCAGAACCAACAAACACAACACAAACCAACAAACACAACACGGUCAUCACUUAA